GCCCCCUCCCCCGCGUCCGGUGCCCGCCGCGCCCGCUCCGGGAACCGUCGCGGACAACAGGCCGGGCGCGGUCCCAGGAGAGGCAGAGGACAAUCCGGGGUCCCAGGUGGCCGGGGCCCCAGGCCUUCGGAUGUGCUCUCGGCCAGGGGCGGGACUCCAGAAUCCCCAAGCCUCAGUGCCCUCCCUGCGGGCACAGAGACCUCCCCCUACCCCCCGCAGCCUUCCUGCCUACGCUGGGAAACCGGACCCUCCCUCCCAGCUCCGGUUUCCCGAAAACUCCUGACUUGCAGAUACUAAGAAUGGCUUUCUAGAUCUUCUUCCCCCUUUGCCCCAUGGCAGAGUUCUGUCUCCGAGCCCUCACCCAUUUUAGACCCCAGCCCCUUCCUCUCCCCCUUCCUAGGACUCCAGGGGGCAGGCCUUUCUCCUUCUCCACUUUUUCUGGACCCAAGAAUCUGAGCCCCAGAAGUCCAGGCCCCCAGGCCCUCCUCCUGCAGACUUGGGAGUCCUGGCCUCCAGCACCCUCUUCUGGGAUGCAGGGCCCUGAGGUUCAAAGCUGCGGUCAGAGGACGAGAAGAGGUCUGCUGAUAUGCCUGAGGCGAAACCAGCAGCCAAAAAGGCCCCCAAAGGCAAAGAUGAUGCCAAACCAGCUCCGAAGGAAGCGCCCGCUGAGGAGGCGCCUGCACAGCCCCCCAAAGAAGCCCCACCCGAGGACCAGUCUCCCACUGCUGAGGAGCCCACUGGCAUUUUCCUGAAGAAGCCAGACUCUGUGUCGGUGGAGAAUGGCAAAGACGCAGUCAUCGUGGCCAAGCUGAACGGCAAGGAGCUCUCCGGGAAACCGACCAUCAAGUGGUUCAAGGGGAAGUGGCUGGAGUUGGGCAGCAAGAGCGGGGCCCGAUUCUCCUUCAAGGAGUCCCACGACUCUGCCAGCAAUGUGUACACCGUGGAGCUGCACAUUGGGAAGGUGGUCCUAGGGGACCGCGGGGGUUACCGCCUUGAGAUCAAAGCCAAGGACGUCUGCGACAGCUGUGCCUUCAACAUCGAUGUGGAGGCGCCCCGCCAGGAUGCCUCUGGGCAGGGUCUAGAAAGCUUCAAGCGAUCGGGCGAAGGGAAGUCAGAAGAUGCGGGGGAGCUGGAUUUCAGCGGCCUGUUGAAGAAGAGGGAGGUGGUUGAGGAGGAGAAGAAAAAGAAGAAAGACGAUGAUGACCUAGGCAUCCCGCCUGAGAUCUGGGAGCUCCUGAAAGGGGCAAAGAAGAGCGAGUACGAGAAGAUCGCCUUCCAGUAUGGCAUCACCGACCUCCGGGGCAUGCUGAAGCGGCUCAAGAAGGCCAAGGUCGAGGUCAAGAAGAGUGCAGCCUUCACAAAGAAGCUAGAUCCGGCCUACCAAGUGGACAGGGGCAACAAGAUCAAGUUGGUGGUGGAGAUCAGUGACCCAGAUCUUCCCCUUAAGUGGUUCAAGAACGGCCAGGAGAUCAAACCAAGUAGCAAGUACGUGUUUGAGAACGUUGGUAAGAAGCGAAUUCUCACCAUCAACAAGUGCACACUGGCGGACGAUGCUGCCUAUGAGGUCGCGGUCAAAGAUGAGAAGUGUUUCACUGAGCUCUUCGUCAAAGAACCUCCAGUCCUGAUUGUCACACCGCUCGAGGACCAGCAGGUGUUUGUGGGUGACCGGGUGGAAAUGUUCGUGGAGGUGUCGGAAGAAGGUGCCCAGGUCAUGUGGAUGAAAGACGGCGUGGAGUUGACACGGGAGGAUUCCUUCAAGGCUCGAUUCCGCUUCAAGAAGGACGGGAAGCGUCACAUUCUCAUCUACUCGGAAGUGACCCUGGAGGAUGGGGGUCGCUACCAGGUCAUGACCAAUGGCGGCCAGUGUGAGGCAGACCUCAUUGUGGAAGAGAAACAGCUGGAGGUCCUGCAGGACAUUGCCGAUCUGACGGUGAAGGCCUCGGAACAGGCCGUGUUUAAGUGUGAGGUGUCUGACGAGAAGGUGACAGGCAAGUGGUACAAGAAUGGGAUCGAGGUGCGGCCCAGCAAGAGGAUCACCAUCUCCCAUGUGGGGAGGAUCCACAAGCUUGUGAUUGAUGACGUCCGCCCUGAGGAUGAGGGAGACUACACUUUCGUGCCCGAUGGCUACGCCCUGACCCUCUCGGCCAAGCUCAACUUCCUGGAAAUCAAGGUGGAGUAUGUACCCAAGCAAGAGCCACCGAAGAUCCACCUGGACUGCUCGGGGAAGACCUCAGAGAAUUCAAUUGUGGUUGUGGCUGGAAACAAGCUGCGGCUCGAUGUGUCCAUCACGGGGGAGCCCCGGCCUGUCGCCACCUGGCUGAAGGAAGACGAGGUGUUCACGGCCACUGAGGGCAGGGUCCACAUCGAGACUCAGACGGACUCCAGCAGCUUUGUGAUCGAGAGUGCCGACCGGGCGGACGAGGGCCGCUACACCAUCAAGGUCACCAACCCCGUGGGCGAGGAUGUGGCCUCCAUCUUCUUGCGGGUUGUGGACGUCCCGGACCCUCCGGAGGCUGUGCGCGUCACCUCGGUUGGCGAGGACUGGGCCAUCCUUGUCUGGGAGCCGCCCAAGUAUGACGGGGGGCAGCCAGUCACUGGGUACCUCCUGGAGCGGAAGAAGAAGGGCUCUCAGCGCUGGAUGAAGCUGAACUUUGAGGUCUUUACGGAGACGACCUACGAGUCCACCAAGAUGAUCGAGGGCGUUCUCUACGAGAUGCGGGUCUUCGCCGUCAACGCCAUCGGGGUUUCCCAGCCCAGCAUGAACACCAAGCCCUUCAUGCCCAUUGCACCCACGAGCGAGCCCCAGCACCUGACGGUGGAAGACGUGACCGACACCACCACCACCCUCAAGUGGAGGCCCCCAGACAGGAUUGGGGCAGGCGGCAUCGAUGGGUACCUGGUGGAGUACUGCCUGGAGGACUCCAACGAUUGGGUCCCUGCCAACACAGAGCCCGUGGAGCGCUGCGGCUUCACAGUCAAGAAUCUCCCCACGGGAGCAAAAAUCCUCUUUCGGGUGGUGGCGGUCAACAUCGCGGGGCGCAGCGAGCCGGCGUCCCUGUUCCAGCCGGUGACCAUCCGGGAGAUUGCAGAGCCACCCAAGAUCCGGCUGCCACGCCAUCUUCGCCAGACUUACAUCCGCAAAGUGGGGGAGCACCUCAACCUCGUCAUCCCCUUCCAGGGAAAGCCGCGGCCGCAGGUGGUGUGGACCAAGGGCGGGGCGCCCGUGGACACCUCCCGCGUGCACGUGCGCACCAGCGACUUCGACACCGUGUUCUUCGUGCGCCAGGCGGCGCGCUCCGACUCCGGGGAGUACGAGCUGAGCGUGCAGAUCGAGAACAUGAAGGACACGGCCACCAUCCGCAUCCGGGUCGUGGAAAAGGCAGGGCCAGCGGAGAACGUGAUGGUGAAGGAGGUGUGGGGCACUAACGCGCUGGUGGAGUGGCAGCCGCCCAAGGAUAACGGGAACAGCGAGAUCACGGGGUAUUUUGUCCAGAAGGCCGACAAGAAAACCAUGGAGUGGUUCACGGUCUACGAGCACAGCCGGCACACGUCCUGCACCGUGUCUGACCUCAUCGUGGGCAACGAGUACUACUUCCGCGUUUUCAGCGAGAACAUCUGCGGGCUCAGCGACUCGCCCGGCGUCUCCAAGAACACGGCCCGGAUCCUCAAGACGGGUAUCACUUUCAAACCGUUCGAGUACAAGGAGCAUGACUUCCGGACGCCCCCCAAGUUCCUGACGCCUCUGCCAGACCGCGUGGUCGUGGCCGGCUACACUGCGGCCCUCAACUGCGCGGUCAGAGGCCACCCGAAGCCGAAGGUAGUCUGGAUGAAGAACAAGAUGGAAAUCCGGGAAGAUCCCAAAUUCCUGAUGACCAACUACCAGGGGGUCCUGACGCUGAACAUCCGCCGCCCGUCCCCCUUCGAUGCGGGGACUUACUCCUGCAGGGCUGUCAACGAGCUGGGGGAGGACCUGGCCGAGUGCAAGCUGGAGGUCCGCGUGCCCCAGUGACAUGGUCUCUUCCACCUGCCAAGGACAUUGGCUGCUGGGUCCUCACCUGGACCGCCCUGAACGCCGUUUCCCUUCCCAGAAUUACCACUGAGAAGAUAAUAGUCUCGUCUACAACCA